UUUUACUUAGAAAAGAAACUUACAAAACCAAGGAGAGGGAGAGGAGCUGGCACCACCGCCUAACUCGCCAUUGACACACCACCAAAGCUCUGUUUUAAUUACUUUAUUUUUCUUCUACACACAUCGAUAAAGAUAGACACAACACAACACAACACAGAGAGAGAGACCUAAUAAAGUUUAUUGAUUACACUCACUUUUUAACAUCAAUUCAACGGUUGAAUUCGUAAAAAAAAUCGUUUUUUUCUUCUUUAUGUUCUAUCCUUCUUUUAAAGGUUACAACUUUAACCCUAAUUACUGAUACUCUGUCUCAAUCUCUUCUUCCUUGUAAUUCAUCUUAUUCCUCUCUUUCUUCUAAGCUACUUCACCUUGAAUUUCGUAUUUGAUCCGUUUAAUCCAAGUUUCGGUUUUUAUAUUAUAUAACAAAACGAGAUAGGUAGAUAGAUCCUGAGAGGUUUUGUGAUAAGAAACAGAGAGAGAGAGAAACAGAGUAAUUAUGGCGAACAGAGAUGUGGAGAGAGGAGGGAAGAAGAACAGAGGAGCUAAUAACAACAACUACUUCUACGAUGAGUCUUCCGGCGAAACUCAUUGGACUUCGUGGCUCAUUCCGGCGAUUGUAGUGGCGAAUCUCGCUGUCUUUGUCGCUGUGAUGUUUGUUAAUGAUUGUCCUAAGAAAAUCACCGGAGCUAACAAACAGUGUGUUGCUAGAUUCCUCCGAAGGUUCUCGUUUCAGCCGCUUAAAGAGAAUCCUCUCUUUGGUCCAUCUUCUUCAACAUUGGAGAAAAUGGGAGCAUUGGAAUGGAGGAAAGUAGUACAUGAGCAUCAAGGAUGGAGACUUCUCACUUGUAUGUGGCUUCACGCUGGCAUCAUUCAUCUGCUUACAAAUAUGUUGAGUUUGAUCUUCAUUGGUAUCCGCCUUGAACAGCAAUUUGGCUUCAUAAGAGUUGGGCUUAUUUACUUAGUAUCGGGUCUCGGUGGAAGCAUACUUUCAUCGCUUUUCCUUCAAGAAAGUAUCUCUGUUGGUGCCUCGGGCGCUCUCUUCGGACUUCUUGGAGCAAUGUUAUCUGAACUUCUCACCAAUUGGACUAUCUAUGCCAAUAAGGCGGCUGCUUUGAUCACGCUUCUGUUCAUCAUAGCAAUCAACUUAGGACUAGGCAUGCUUCCACGGGUUGACAAUUUCGCACACAUAGGAGGGUUUUUAACCGGAUUCUGCCUCGGGUUUAUUCUCCUUGUCCGACCACAGUACGGUUGGGAAGCUUCCCGCACCAACACUGCGCGCAACAAACGCAAGUAUAGCAUGUACCAGUACGUGCUUUUCGUAGUUGCAGUGGUUGUACUUGUGGUUGGGUUAACUGUUGGAUUAGUGAUGCUGUUCAAAGGAGAGAAUGGGAACAAACAUUGCAAAUGGUGUCACUACCUUAGCUGCUUCCCAACGUCUAAAUGGACCUGCUAAUCAUCAUCAUCAUUAUCAUACAGUAAAAGCUUUAAUAUGUGUUCUUUGUUAACAUUUAAUCUCUUUGAUAUCUCUUGAUUACUUAUAUAUGUACAUUACAAAUUUCGUCUUGUGUAAAAAAAGGGGAUAGAAACAAAGAGUGUAUUGUUACAUGUGAAAACCAUACUUCUCAAACUAAGUACAUAAAUAGUAUUAUUGGACUGAAGGUAAUCUACUCUCAACCAAUGAUAUUAUUAAUAGA